AUGCUAUACGAACAAUAUCAAUCCCAAGAUCUAUUGACGCCAUCGAUUGGCGACGAUGGCAUCAAUAAAUUAAAUUCUAGUUUAACAUCACUUGAUUUUUAUUUACUUGAUGACAUUGAUAUUUAUCUAUCUCCUGUUCAAUCAACAAAGGCAAUCCAUAAUGAUAUAAUUAACGAUAGUCUGAAUGAUAAUAGUCAACAUCAAGAAGAAUUUUUCUCUGAUUUUGAUCUUGUUAAUUUCAAUGAUUUUGAUGAAAAAUCAGAUUUUCUUGCUGACUCAAUAUCAAUAGAUGAAAUUGAUAUUGAAAAAUGGAUAAGUCAAUCAUCUUUUCCAUCUCCUCCUAUGGAUACAAAUAGUUCUCCUUUAUCAAGUAUUGAAGAUUCAUCAUCAAUAGAAUCUACAAACAAUAGAGAUAUGAGUGUUCCAUCAUCACCAUCUCUAUCAUCAACAGAUUCAUCUCCAACACCAUCAAUGAAAAAACCAAAAUUAUCAGCUGUUGAACGUAAAUUACGAAAAAAAGAUCAAAAUAAAACAGCAGCAGAAAAAUAUCGAAUCAAAAAAAAAUCUGAACGUCAUCAUUUACUUGAUCGACAUUUAAAAUUAAAAAAUACAAAUACAGAACUAAAAUUGGAAUUACAAAAUUUAACUGAUCGUAUUCAACAAUUUAAAAAAUUACUUGUUGAUUUCCUUCAAGUUGAUUUAUCAACAUCAAAUUAA